AUGAGUUCAGAACUUAAACAGGUCCAGAAGGUAUGGGAGCACACUCGCUCCAAAAGCCCGAUCUACGAGUUUCUUCUCAGCGAUGUGGAUGUUUAUGAUGCGGAAAAGGGCGUGAUGCGAGCCCGACUACAAGUUGGCCAUCGCCAGCUCAACUCCAAGGGCAGCCUGCAUGGUGCCUUCUCAGCCUGCGUGACGGACUGGGCUGGAGGACUCGCUAUUGCUUCGUGCGGAUUGGACUCGACCGGCGUCAGCACGGAUAUCCACGUGAAUUACUUGUCCACCGCGACACAUGGCGACUGGCUGGAGAUUGAAAGCCGUGCCCACAAGGUCGGCAAGUCCCUCGCCUUCACCACCGUCACUAUCUCGAAACAGACCGAGUCGGGCCUGUCCAUCGUCGCCCAGGGUUCUCAUACUAAAUACGUCCGGACACGAUGA